AUGACCUCAGCACAGGUGGCUCCACACUUCUACCAGUCCAAGGAGGGAUGGUUCUGCGGAUCGGAGUAUUUUUUGGAGAUCACAUCGCGUUGCGAUGUCAAAGACUUGGACGGUUUCAAGGGCAAGAUGCCAAAGGGUCAGGGAGCCGCUGCCGAUGCACCGAAGCCCAGUCGUUGGUCCCGUGCCGCCAGUCGCAGUGAGGCGGCGCCAAAGACGGAAGGCUACGACACUCCGGAUCAGCGUAAGGUUUACACCUUGGGCACCUGGCGGGUCAGCCGCGAGGUGUACCUUUGGCAGCUGUCUUCCUUAGAUGUGAAGUUGCUGGUGGACGUGCGUGGAAAUCCGAAAGCUGGUCGCGAGGAGCAACUUUUCAAGGGAAAGGACUUUACAAAAGCUUUGCUGACCAUCGGCGUUCGCUAUGAGUAUUGGGGCGACCGUUUAGGAGAAGAUCAGAUGUGCGACGGACCCGAAGAACUGCAACGAGUUCUGAAAGGUCUCUUUGCAUCAGCGCCGCAAGGCCCCAUCUGUAUCUUGGGACACAUGCACGAGCCGCACAAGUGCCACCGUCUACAUCUCUGUGAUUUGCUGCCUCCCGGGCGCAACUCAGUGCAGCAUCUGAUGUGGGAAGAUCAUCGACAGACCAAAUCGUUGAGUCAUCAGGAGGCAAAGACCUUGUACAAUCGCUGGGUGAGCUACUUCAACGAGUGUUUGGAACGUGAGAAGCAGAAGCGAGUCGUUACUAACAGCGGCAAAUGGCGCCGUCACGGGCACAAGCGGCUGGGUGAGGUGGAGGCGGCGACGAUUGCUAACUCGCUUCCGGUGUUGUCUUGGGAGUCCACUUCAUCUGCUGAGUGGGAGGAGAAACUCCGCGAUGGCAAAGCCUAUCGUUUGAGACUGCCCUGGGACACCGAAAUCCUGUGGUAUCCGCACUUCUUGACCGAGCAUGAGGCCGAUGAACUCGAGGACACGGUCACGGAGAAGAUCACCAUGUACCACCCGACCUAUCUCUUUCAGACACCCAGUGGCGUCACACAAGAAACCGUCAAUCGCAAGGGCCAAGCCAGAAUCUGUGAUGAUUUCAAUUUCGGCAUCCAGUACGACAGUUCUCGCGACAAAUCCAUGCUGUACGUCUCGCAGAAGAUGGAACCAUGGACUCGGUCACUGAUGCAUCGGAUUGAACAUGCCAGUGAAAGUGUGUUUAACGCCAUUUGGUUCAACCAUUACCGUGAUGGCACCGUGACGAUUCAUUGGCACACGGAUGGCAAUGAAGGCCUGGGGCCUGACCCCAUCAUCGGUUCAUUGUCCAUUGGAGCUACCCGCGACUUCGCGUUCAAGAGCAAGCGCGAGUGGCACGGUGUCCGACCUGCCAAAGAUGGAUCGUUGCGGAAAAGCUCCGGCAUCAUCCACCUGACCUUGCCAUUGUUUCAUGGAUCCCUCUGUGUCAUGGGUAAGAAUUCGCAACGGCACUGGCUCCAUGCGGUGCCGGCCAUGGAGGGCAUCCGGCGGGAGCGCACGAACCUCACCUUUCGCUUUUGGGCCCUGGAAGGUUUCGAGACCAUUGAUGACGCGGAGGCGCACUCCAACGAUGCAGCGACCAAUCGUCAGUACCGCCUGCGCGUUGUGCCAUCCACGGCACUGCUGCAACGCAUGGUGACACGUGGAGCAGCACGAUGCCGCCCCGUCAUUGUGGACGCGCCCCGCGAUCCCACGCUCUCCGUGGGCGAGAUGUUGAAGCGCUUGCAGGAGCACGUGCUGUCGCCCGUGGGUGAGGUGGUGCUGGCCGCAGAGGCAACGGAGACAAGGGAUCGUGAGAUUCUGCAGAACGACUCAGUGUUGUUGGAAGAGUUGGAACGGCUAGGCCUUUGGCCCUGCAAAUCUGGCUGCCCGGUUUUCACCUUGCAGCUGCUGCCAGUGUCCUCGGAGAAGAUUGCAGAGAAAGCGCCAGUUGAGGAAGACCCGUGGGACGUUUGGGACGUGAAGAUCUCCGAGGCCUUCUCACGCAGUUUGGGUUCUGCGGGGCUUCAACUCUUGCGCGAGGUGAAGAUCAGCUGUCCCGGGCCUUAUGUGCCACAGGCGAAGGUGAUUGACAGCAGGAAUUGGAUACAGGAAGUGAUCCAGAAUUUGUCGGGAAUCCAGCGCAAGAGCAAGGGCAAGGGCCGAAUCAGCCAGAUGGUGUACCACCAAUGCAGUGAGUUUUGCGCCCUUUACCUGGCUCGACCAAAGAGCAGCGUGCAUUUGGUGCUCACGCCCAAACGUCCGUUGCGCUUCAACGAGUUGAGUGCCAUGGAAGCUCCCUUGUUGAGGCGCUUGGGGCUUUACGGCCAUCUUCUUCGAGAGUUCUUGGGCAAACAUCACUUCAAGGUGGGCCUACAGACUCGCAAGUUGUCCAGGGAUACUCAGGUCUUUGCGCAUCUCAUCAGCAUGGACUUGGUACCCCCCGACCUUAGCGACCUCACGCGGCGCCACUUCUUGGAGUUCACCGAAGCACCAGGAAGCACAGCCUUCAUAUCCUUGGAGGAUCUGGCGCGGCACCUUGUGGACGGUUCCACAUUGGGGGGAUCUUCCAAGUUGGAGGACACCUUGCGCUGCCACCGCUGUGGCCAACUCUUUGGCGACAGCAUGCGGCAGCUGCUGCUGCACUUGCGGCGCUGCGAAGCUCCAGAGUUCGAUGCAGGGUCCCCACCGCCUGUCGCUGCGCCUUCCACGACUUCCGCGGUGGAGCUCUUGGAGGAGAUGGGCUUCAGAUGUGGCCGCGAGGCCUUUUGCGAGUUUGAUUUCAGCGCCCGCAAAAAUUGGUUGGAUGUUGCACAGCUCAUCCGUCAUGUGCGCAGCAACCGCUGUGUGCCGUUGGAGGCGCAAAAGGCUUUUGGUCUCUUUGCAGAAGAUUUGGAGGACGUACCAUUGAGCUUCUGGGCGCGUUUGAUCACUGCAUGGGCGGUUCAGACGCAUGUGCACUCACACGAAGUGCUGCAGAAUGAUAUCGAGAGGCAUCCAGUGACUUCCAGCACUCUGAGACCGCCCAUUUUCAUUGUGGGUUUGCCGCGGACUGGAACCACCCUUCUCCAUCACCUGCUGGCCUUGGACCCCGAAAGUCAGUGCUUGAGAGCCUACGAGUUGAUGCGAUGUACCAGGUCCAUUGAGGGAUGGCCACAAAGACUGGUUGAUGCUCUUGAUUGGGCCAAACUGGCGCUGUUGAUGCGCCUCAGCGAGAUCAUCGCCCCACAGUGGCCUCACCAUCAUCAGCUGGAUGCCAAUUCGCCGGAAGAGUGUCUCUUCGCUUUGCAGCGCAGCAUGCCGCUUGAUACGCACUAUCGGGCCCGUUCGCGGCUCUUAGAACGUUACGCCUCGGAGGAGGAGAUCCCUCUGGCAGCGUACCAGCGCUAUCACCUUUACUUGCAGCAGGUUCAGCUACGCCGCGGUAGCAUGCAGAAACGCUUUGUGCUGAAAGGUCAGUUGAUUCAUCUUCACUACAUGGCGCAGUUGAGGUCGGUCUUCCCUUCAGCGCACGUCGUUUGGUCCCACCGCCCCGCAGAAGAAGUGGUUGGAUCACUCUGUUCAUUGAGGAAGAGCCAACAAGAGGUGUUCCUGAACGAGGCCCCUGACAAGUGUGAGGUGGGUGCUGGAGUUCUGAAGUACCUCUCGGAUGCCUUAGAGAGGGCUGGAGAAGCGCUGGAGCAGAAGGAAGCCAACGAGCUGGUGGAGCGACUUGUUCAUGUACAGUACCAGAGCUUGGUGGCGGAUCCCGUGGCGGUUGUGGAGAAAAUCUACGAAACCUUUGGAUGGCGAGUGAGCCCGGAGCACCGUGAGGCCAUGGAGGACUACCUGGCCAGGAGCUUGGCUCAGCGCUCGCGCGCCGAGACAGGAAAGCAAAGAUACCACGACGCGUCUUUGGGCAGUUAUGGGCUCUCAGGACAGUCUGUGCGUCAACGACUUGCUGAGACGAAGCACGGGAAGCGUUUCUCUGACCUAGGCCGUUUUUUCCAGGGCACGGGCACGGGUGUGGUGCGACACUCGCAGCUGUCAACCUUCGGCCCUGGAAAUUGA